GUCGCAUUUUCGGCAGCGAACAUCAUCAGACUUGGACCUUGCGCUGAAGAUUCCAAUAUCAGCCAGCCUUCAUCAGAGCCAGCUGAACCUCUGCCUCCCUGGGACAAAGUUGACCAUCUCGACUGCUCGAUACAUUCAAUCCCUUCACAUCCUGCUCACCGUCCAGGCUGCCUACCACUGCCGCUAUUUGCCUACGCAUCCAUCCGCCUUCGUGCCAACCCCUACCGAGCUUGCCAACAAUCACUUCUGACACGACAGCACAUCCGAUCUUGCCGUCGCCCCAGCUGUAGAUCAGGUACCAGUGCCUCGAAGCACCCUGUCGCCUUCCGCCCUACCAGUCAACCAGGGAAUUCCGAUCCUGCCGUCCGAGCCGGCUUCCUAGAUACACACGCACAGUCUCUCUUGAGCGAGCCGGGCCAGGCACCAUGCCGCCCAGCGCGACUGCCUCAGGGGCAGACGCCUCCAACUCAAAUGGCGCGUCCUCGCGCAGCCGUGACCACAACCAGGGCAACCAGGAGCGCAAGUACACAGUGGAGCAGAAGGCUGCCGUUCUGCGCAUCCGCCGGUGCAAGCCAACCGCCUUCUACGACAUUCUGGGCAUCGAGGCCGUGCGCACUACCUGCUCCGAAGCCGACAUCAAGAAGGCCUACCGCAAGCAGUCCCUCCUGACCCACCCUGACAAGAAUGGCCACGAACAUGCCGACGAGGCCUUCAAGAUGGUGGCGAGGGCGUUCAGCGUCCUGGGAGACAAGGACAAGAGGGACAGGUAUGAUAAGUUUGGCGGGGACCCGGACAGCCGUUUUGGUCAGGCCCAGGCACAAAACCCCUUUGCCGGCUUCGCGGCGAGGCAGCCUUCAGGGGGCGGUGGUGGUGGCGGAGGUGGCAUGGGUGGAGGCAUGUGGGACGACGAUAUAAGUCCUGAGGAAAUGUUUCAGCGGUUUUUUGGUGGUGGCUUCGGCGGUGGGGGUCCAUUUGGCUUUGAUACAGGUCCCCAAUUUGUGUUUAACUUUGGCGGUCCCGGGGUACGCGUGCACCAGUUCGGCGGCGGCCGCCCGCGCAGGCGACCCCGCGAGAAUGAGCAGGGCCAGGACAACGGCAGCUUCAACACCCUCAUGGGCCUGCUCCCCAUCAUCUUCCUCUUCCUGUUCCCGCUGCUCUCGUCACUCUUCUCGGGCGGCGCCGCACCCGCCGGGCCUCGCAUGGUCUUCGACGCCCCUGAGCCCCCUAAUGUGCUCGAGCGCGUGACGCCCAAGUUCAAUGUCAAGUACUACCUCAACCCGCAGGACGUGAAAGGCUACUCCAAGACGCAGCUUUCACGCCUGGAUAACAACGCCGAGGUCGGCUUGAUCAAACACCUGCGAGCCGAAUGCGAGGCCGAGACGAUGUACAAGCAGGAGCUGUACAAUGCCGCCCAGGGGUGGUUCACGCAGGACGCUGAGAAGAUGGGCAUCGCUGACAGGUAUGAGCCGGUGAGCUGUAGAAGGCUGGAAAAAUUGGGCGCAAUGGGGAAAUGA